AUGUUAAUUAAAGAUUAUGAUGCCUUAAAACGGAAUGGGUUCUUCUUUGGCUAUUCAACGCUCACGUGGACGACGAUUUUUCUGGAAGCUGGUGGUGGUCUUAUCGUCGCCGUUGUGAUAAAGUACGCGGAUACUAUUCUCAAGAACUUCGCCACUGCGGCUGCUAUCAUUUCAAGUACCACCAUCAGCGCCCUUUUUCUCGGCUUUGAAGUGCGACCAAGUUUUGUCAUUGGUGCGGUAUUGGUAAUUACUGCAAUAUAUAUGUAUUCAGCGAAACCCACCGAG